UUCAACUCAAUUCAGGUGGUGCCGUACAGCCAGCGCCUGGAGACGUACCUGGUGCCGGUGGUGUUCGCGCUCAUCUUCGUGGUGGGCGUGGUGGGCAACGGCACGCUCGUGCUCAUCUUCGUGCGCCACCGCAACAUGCGCAACGUGCCCAACACGUACAUCUUCUCGCUGGCGCUGGGCGACCUGCUGCUGGUGCUCACCUGCGUGCCCUUCACGUCCACCGUCUACACGUACGAGUCGUGGCCCUACGGUCUGCUCAUCUGCAAGCUGUCCGAGAGCGCCAAGGACGUGUCCGUCGGGGUGAGCGUCUUCACGCUCACCGCCCUCAGCGCCGACCGCUUCUUCGCCAUCGUCGACCCCAUGCGCAAGCUGCACACCGGCAGCGGCGGCCGCAGGGCCACGCGCAUCACCAUCAGCAUCGCAGCCGCCAUCUGGAUGCUGGCCGUGCUGUGCGCCGUGCCGGCCGCCGUCAACUCGUACCUGCGCGUGUUUGUGAACGGCACCUUCCGCCUGGAGGUGUGCUACCCGUUCCCGGAGGAGCUGGGGCCGGGCUACGCGCAGGGCAUGGUGCAGGCGCGCUUCGUCGUCUACUACGCCAUCCCGCUGCUCGUCAUCGGCGUCUUCUACUCGCUCAUGGCGCGUCACCUCGUGCGGGCGCGCAAGAAGGUGGCGAAGAUGGUGCUGUCGUUCGUGGUGGUGUUCGCGGUGUGCUUCUUCCCGCACCACCUCUUCAUGCUGUGGUUCUACCACUCGCCCACCGCCGAGGCGGACUACAACGCCGGCUGGCACGCGCUGCGCAUCGUCGGCUUCUGCCUGAGCUUCGGCAACUCCUGCAUCAACCCCAUCGCGCUCUACUGCGUCAGCGGCACCUUCCGGAAGCACUUCAAAAGGUACCCACUGCAGGCAGCGAACAAAAGCGAUUUAGUAGCGACUAGUAGUAGUAUCAGUAGUAGUAGUAGUAGUAGUAAUAGCAGUAGUAGUAGUAAUAGCAGUAGUAGUAGUAAUAGCAGUAGUAGUAGUAAUAGCAGUAGUAGUAGUAGUAAUAGCAGUAGUAGUAGCAGUAUUAGUAGUAGUAGUAGUAGUAGUAGUAGUGGUAGUGGUAGUGGUAGUGGUAGUGGUAGUGGUAGUGGUGGUUGGUGA